CUCUACUUACAUGGUGUUUGGUUCUUCAUCUUAAAAAAAUGGCUUCGAACUUUUCCAGUUAUUUGUUCUUCCUCGUUGUUAUCGCUAUAUUGACCUGUCUGACGGAGGCUCAAGUACGCAUAAAAUCCAAGAAAACAGGAUUAGUCUUUCAAUACAACGGGACUAAUGUCGAAGUUGCUGAGCCUAACGAUUCUGAGGGCCAGAAAUGGAUUUUGGAAUGCAGUCAAAAAGGCCAUUUCAUAAUCAAUAGUAACAAACAAGGUUUAGCAAUGGAUAUAAAGAAAGGCUGCAAAAUUGGUCAAAGCGUCAUGGUUUAUGAUAAACAUUCAAGGCAGAAUCAGCAAUUCUUCAUUAAUUCCGAUGCAACUAUUGGUACAGCUUGCGAUGCAAAUCUUAUUCUGUUGGUGAAGGAUAGAAACGUAGAAGUAGCACCAAGAGACAAUUAUUUUGAUUUUGACAUACACUUUGAAAUUGAACCAAUUGAAUGAUCGAGAAAUGUUAAUGAAAAAUACUGUACUUGAGUACAAUACUUUCACUAAAUGAUAAAAAUUAAAUAUACAUACAGGGCUUUU